CUUAAAAGAACAUCGGCCACAACAAUAGUAGUCUAUCUGAAAGUCACACAUAAUGUCCACAGUAUCAUUAUUGCACCGUCGUUCUUUACAUAGUGCUACAGAAUAACUUUUAACCUGCCUGACACGUUACCGAUUCGCCACAACAUACGGGGGCUUUAUCUGUGCGCCAGAGGAUUCUAGAGACUGCUAAGUGACAGCGACUUGGAAAACGGAGCACAUUGAGAACCGAGAAGCAGGAGCAACCGUAACCUCAGCCGGCCAGGCCAGUCCAGCGUUUCCUGGCUUUGAUGCGAUCCGAUUGUGCCUGGAGCAUGUCCACAGUGGGCCUGAGUGCACAGAAGAUCUGUUUACCCGCACAGAGCUCCUUGCCCUUCCUGCGGGGCAGCUACUGCCACAGCAUGGCUGGAUCCAAACCCUCGUGGAGCCAUCAGCACGACCUCAACAAUUUGUACUUUAGUAUGGAGUCCUCGCACACAGAGUACAGCCCCCGCACAAAGCAGCCGGUGUCCCUUCCACCAUCACUCAGUCUGGACAGGAAUAAACACAGUCCCAUUGCACAGAGGCUACCUCCAAAGAAAACCCGGCCCACCCAGCUAUCCCUCUCAUCCAGCUAUGAGCCCUCCUCCCCCAGCCCGGCAGACGACGACCAGGUGGUCCCGUCCUUCCAGAGGUUGUCUGUGUACGAGCGCAGCAGCCCCCCACAGACACCCGGCCGCUGUGCCAAGCCUCUGCCCCCUCUGCCCCUUCCUGUCCGGGCAGACGUCUCCCAAGACCAGGCCAUGGACCAUGAAGUGGAGCUCUACACCAGCUCGGACGACAGCCGUUGCCUGGUGCCUGAACAGCCGUGCCCCAAGCCUUCCACCUUCCGCUAUGGGCUCCCCAGCCACCGCAGUUUCAGGGGCUGCGGGCAGAUCAACUAUGCCUACUUCGAGGGCCCGUCAGCAGAGCAGCCCAGGCAGCAGGAGGUGCAGCAGGAGGUGGAGCAGGAGGAGCAGAAGCCCCCGGAGCCCCCAGAGCCUCCAGUCGUGGCGUGUCAGAGGCAGCAGGAGCGGGCCCAGAGGAAGCUCCGUCGGUCCCACUCUGGCCCAGCUGGCUCCUUCAACAAGCCCACCUCGCUGCGGUUGUCCUGCCACCAUCGCCAUGCCUACGUCCAGAGCCAGGCCAUGGACAGACCGGAGGUCCCGCCCCGUGUCCCCAUCCCUCCACGUCCCGUCAAGUCGGCAGACUGCCGCCGCUGGUCAGCCGAGGUCUCCUCCGGGGCUUACAGCGACGAAGACAGACCCCCGAAGGUUCCACCCAGGGAUCCUCUGGCCCAAGGCAGCUCCCGUACCCCCAGCCCCAAGAGCCUCCCCACAUACCUCAACGGGGUGAUGCCCCCCACACAGAGCUUCGCCCCGGACCCCAAGUACGUGAGCCGGGGCUUGCAGAGACAGAACAGCGAGGGCUCGCCCUGCAUCCUGCCUGUCAUCGAGCACGGCAGGAAGUCGAGCACCACUCACUACUUCCUGCUUCCACAGCGCCCUGCAUAUCUAGACAAGCCUUACCUGGAGAAGUUCCUCCGGGGCUUAGACAGCUCCGACUCUGCAGGGGCCCGCAGCGUCGAGGGCCCAGACUCACAAUGGGACUGCCAAACUAGAAGGAAAGCACGUGUGGAUAUGGUUUGAUUUAUAUGGAGCUCACAAAAGUGAACAUGACUCUGAUGUAACAAGAGCAACAACCACUUGGGGAAACAAAAGGUCUCGAAGCCUUCAAUUGCUUACUGCUGCUUUUACAGGAACUGGUGGAAAAAAACAAAGGUUUUACCCACAACCGUAUUCCGAAACAGAGUGUAUGUAUUUGGCAUAUACUGUUUGCAGUUACUGGAAAUGUUGGAAUUGCAAUCAAGAAAUGCAUUACCACUCUGAGUGUGGAUGGUAUUUAACUGUUAGAGAUACUAUUUUUGAUAUGAUUACUAUUUCAUAAUGUUGAAUAUUGUACUGUUUUGCUGAUACAGUGGUGCAGUUUUUAUUAGGUGUGAGCUGGUCUUGUACCUUCGGUUCUCAGUGUUUUGCGGUUGAUAGGUAUGGUUAUCGUGUUCUCUGCGUUGCUUUGGUGUCUCGGAACGUAAGGGACAAAGGGUCAGUAAAAACAUCCACGUGUCUCGUGUUCUGCCGAUGAAGUCUAAAGAAGAGGAGGCCUGUGUGCUUAUACCAUAGUUUGAAACUCAAUGAAGGAUAUUUACAUGCAAAUCCCCAAAGUAAUUUUUAAAGGAUAUACAUACAUGAAUAUGCAUUAAUGGAGGCAUGCUAAAUAGAUGUAGUUGCUUCGUUCAUGUUUGAAGCUGUGUUUUUGUUUGUCUCCGUCUCCAACACGGGACAUUCACAGUGUACCGGUGGGAAGAGGAUUAUUGCAAAUGUGAGCAUGUUUCCCCUGUAGACUGGUGCAGCUUGUGUUCGCGUGUGUGUGUGUGUGUGUGUGUGCAUGCUGAGUAUGACUUUCUACCGCACUGUAGAAAAUUGGGUUAACAAUAUUUGUUACUGUGCUCUGCCUGUUUCCAGCACUGCUUAAUGUACACAGCAGUUAAGCGCAAACUCAUCUCUCUAUAUUACUGUCGUUCAGUGUCCAAGUCUUUUUUGUUGCACAGAGAAUGGCCUGAAGGACAUCUGUGAAUGUAUGCUUUACUUACUGAACUAUGUCAAAUGUUCGGAGCUCAGUCGUUGGUCAAGCUGUGAGUCAUUGUCUGGAACUAGUAACUUGCCUUGAGUACUACCUCUAAUGAUAUUACUAACCGAUAUUAUACAAACCCACAUCAUUUGUUGCCUGUGAACUGUAACCCUUGGAAAUCACUGAUUCUACAUUAAAGCAGUACUAAAAUCCCUUCCCGGGGUCAAACAUGCUCACACAAAGUUCUACUUUGCUGUGAGUUGAUUUCUUGUUUCACAGUGUGCUGCACAGAAUGACGAGAGUUUGCGUUGGAUUGUCUUGUCCUACAAUAAGAAAUCCCUGAUUACAGAGAUGCUAGGAUCACCUGAUAACAUUGAGGUAUUACGCAGAAUGUGGGGCUUGCCUGUCUGACACAGACUUUCCUGUUCUGCACAUGCAUUCCUGCCUGACAUGAUUGCAGUAGGUGUGGUCCCUGAGACUUUGGCUGCUGGCAGCCAGGAAAUGAUAUGGAUUUUAUUAUGACAGAUUAUUCGUGAACCAUCUUGAUGACAUGGUAAAUGUAGCAAGUGCAUAAUUAACCCCAAUUAGAAAGGUGUAAAACACAUUAGCUCUAAGGUCAAACGGUCAUUGAAGUAUGUUUUUUUUUUUAUCUCUCUUUGUGAAGGGAAACCAACCAUGGCUAAUGCCUUGCUUUUUUUUCUUAAACGUUUACAUACAUUGUACACUGAUAUGUUAUUUAAUCUUAACCUGUUCCCAUGUCUUAUCAGAAAUUAAGAAAUCAAAUUAAGACUAGUUCAUGAAGUACAGCUGACAUUCUCUACUGUGGUGAAAACACAUGCACUGGGAGCACAGUAUGCUGUGUACAGUAUUUAACAUAAUUCCACUUGUCAUAAUAAAUAGUUGAUUGAUGUAUAGUCUUUAAAAAAAGGAACAAAUAAACCAACUUAUUUAUGAA